UUCGAAGUGUACAGUGGUGUACAUAUAUAUAUUGUACAUAUAAUUACAUGUAUAUAGAAAAAAAAAUAAAUCUAAUAAUUUUUUUUUUCUUCUCUUCAAUAAUUUGUGAAGAAGAUUGGUUCACUGGUGACUUGAUAAUCACUGGUGUGGUGAGCUGAUGUGGUGGUGACACGGUGGCCUCUUCGUGAUUGUAAUCAAAAUUACUACGUGUCGUUUUUUUUUUUUUUCCUUUUCAUCGUCGUGGCAUUUUAUGAAAGAAAAAAAAAUAAAAUAAAAUAGUUUAUACAAACAGUAUCAUUAAAUAAUUAAAAACUAAAUGAUUAUUAUAUAAAAAUAUUAUAAAUUAAAAUAAAGUUUUUUAAAAAUGCAGUCUAAAUCAAGUACUGCUAAAAAAGUUGUUUUGCCGGAUAAAAAACCAAUGGCAAAACAGAUGAAAUCAUCCACGUUGACAAAUGCCGCUGGACUUAGUUCAUUAAUAACAUUUACUGUUCUUUUACUUGCAUGGAUAUCUGGUUUUGCAUCAAGAUUAUUUGCAGUAAUAAGAUUUGAGAGUAUUAUUCAUGAAUUUGAUCCAUGGUUUAAUUACAGAGCAACAGCAUACAUGGUACAACAUGGUUUUUAUAAUUUUUUAAAUUGGUUUGAUGAAAGAGCAUGGUAUCCACUUGGACGUAUUGUUGGUGGUACUGUUUAUCCAGGUCUUAUGAUAACAUCCGGUGCAAUACAUUAUGUACUUCAUUCAAUAAACAUUCCAGUACAUAUUAGAGAUAUAUGUGUAUUUUUAGCACCAAUAUUUAGUGGUUUAACAUCAAUAUCAACAUAUUUAUUGACAAAAGAAUUAUGGAGUUCUGGUGCUGGGCUAUUUGCUGCUUGUUUUAUUGCAAUUGCACCUGGUUAUAUAUCAAGAUCAGUUGCUGGAAGUUAUGAUAAUGAAGGAAUUGCAAUAUUUGCAUUACAAAUAACAUAUUAUUUUUGGGUUAAAUCAGUUAAAACUGGAUCAAUAUUAUGGGCAUCAUUAACUGCAUUAUCAUAUUUUUACAUGGUAUCAGCAUGGGGUGGUUAUGUAUUUAUAAUCAAUUUAAUACCAUUUCAUGUAUUUGUAUUAUUGGUUAUGAAUAGAUAUAGUAAUCGUUUAUUUGUCAGUUAUACAACAUUUUAUAUACUUGGAUUAUUAUUCAGUAUGCAAAUUCCAUUUGUUGGUUUUCAACCAAUAAGAACAUCUGAGCAUAUGGCUGCUGGUGGUGUAUUUGGUCUAUUAAUAUUCAUAGCAACACUAAGAUAUCUUCGUACUGUAUUGAGUAAAAAUGAAAUGAAAUAUUUUGCUGGUAUUGUUGGUGUACUUGCUGUUAUAUUAUUAGUUGCUGUAACAUUAUUAACAUAUGCUGGUGUUGUUGCACCAUGGAGUGGAAGAUUUUAUAGUUUAUGGGAUACUGGUUAUGCUAAAAUUCAUAUACCAAUAAUAGCAUCAGUAUCAGAGCAUCAACCAACAACAUGGUUUAGUUUCUUUUUUGAUCUUCAUAUACUUGUAACAACAUUUCCAGUUGGUUUAUGGUAUUGCAUAAAACGUAUUAAUGAUGAACGUGUAUUUGUUGUUUUAUAUGCAUUAAGUGCAGUUUAUUUUGCUGGUGUUAUGGUUAGAUUAAUGUUAACAUUAACACCAGUUGUAUGUAUGCUUGCUGGUGUUGCAUUUAGUGUAUUAUUAGAAUUAUUUUUAAAAGAAGAAGAUAAUAAUACACGUGAUACAAAUAAUGUUGGUGAUAGUAGUGAUGAAGAAACUGAUAAUGAACAUGAAAAAAGUCCUGGACGUGGUCUUUAUGAUAAAGCUGGUAAAUUAAGAAGAAUGAAACAUGAAAAACAAAAGGGUAAUGUUGAUGGUCUUGGUUCAAAUUUAAGAAAUGGUAUUGUCAUUGGUUUAUUAAUGUUAUUAAUGAUGUUUACUGUACAUUGUACAUGGGUUACAAGUAAUGCAUAUUCAAGUCCAUCAAUUGUUCUUGCAUCAUAUAGUAGUGAUGGUGGACGUAGUAUACUUGAUGAUUUUAGAGAAGCAUAUUAUUGGCUUGCACAAAAUACACCACAAGAUGCACGUGUUAUGUCAUGGUGGGAUUAUGGUUAUCAAAUUGCUGGUAUGGCUAAUAGAACAACACUUGUUGAUAAUAAUACAUGGAAUAAUUCACAUAUUGCACUUGUUGGUAAAGCAAUGAGUUCAACUGAACCAAAAGCAUAUGAUAUUAUGACAUCACUUGAUGUUGAUUAUGUACUUGUUAUAUUUGGUGGUAUGAUUGGUUAUUCUGGUGAUGAUAUUAAUAAAUUUUUAUGGAUGGUAAGAAUUGCUGAAGGUGAACAUCCACAAGAUAUACGUGAAAGUGAUUAUUUUACUGAACGUGGAGAUUUUCGUGUUGAUGCUGAAGGAUCACCAACAUUAUUAAAUUCACUUAUGUAUAAAUUGAGUUAUUAUCGUUUUGGUGAAGUUACUGUUGAUUAUAGAUCACCAGCUGGUUAUGAUCGUACACGUAAUGCUGAAAUUGGUAAUAAAAAUUUUAAACUAACAUAUUUGGAUGAAGCAUAUACAACUGAACAUUGGCUUGUUAGAAUUUACAGAGUUAAAAAACCUAGUGAAUUUAACAGACCUAAAAUUCCACUAUCUGAACGUACAAUUACACGACCAACAAGCAGCUAUCAUAGUAAAAAGUUAUGGGGGGCUCGACAUUAAUGUUUCAGACUACACGUCGUAAGAAGGGCUUCAUCAAAGGCCGACCGACCAUCGUCAAAGGACAGAAACCACAAAAGAGAGUGUAAAUAUAAAUAUCUGCUGAAAUCUUUAUCCAAUUAGUCAAAAAAAAAAAUACACACACACACAUUCUGAUCCAAUUUUUCAAUAAACUCUAAAACCACCGUCCUAUUUGAAGGAAAAUUAAGAAUGAAAAUAAUAAAAAAAAAAAACAAAAGUAAUAAUAGUAAUAAUAAUAAUAAAAAUAAUAUUUAAAUAUUGCGUGGAAAAAAAAAAAAAAAAUUAAUAAUACAUCGUACAUUUGAACAUUCAAUACGACGACUAUCAAGAGAUUUUUUUCUUCUAAUAUUUUUUUUUUUUUUAUUUCUUGAUAAUGUGAUGCCAAUGUGUUAUGGUAAUUUGAAAAAAAAGGAGAAAAAAAACGUGGUUAAUACACAUCUGUAGCUGCAUUCCAUUAAUUAUUAUUAUUUUUUUUUGUUUGUAAUUAAAACACGAAUAAUU